AUGGCCGCGAGUCCGCGCGUCCCACCGGUCGUGGUGGGCCUGCUCGCUACACCAGCAGCGGCGCUCGCGUGUGCCAGACCAGAGACGGGGUUGCGUCCCAUUCCUGCGGCGGUGCCUGUGCACUUGGCCGGCGGCAGUUGCCGCGUGCCUGCCCGUACAGCAGGGCUGCGCGCCAGGCCGGCCGCAGAGCCCGCACGCGCUAGGCCGGCAGCAGCGGCGCUCGCCCUUGCCAGUCCGGCAGCAGCGGCGCCCACAAGCAAGGUCGUAGGCUGGACCGCGCGCCUGACUGGCCACGGCGGUGGCGGUGGCGGGCUCCAGCGCUUGGCUUUCCGUCAGCGGCGGAGACCCUGUCGACCAUCACGUCCGCGGCGGUGGCCACGCGCACCUAGCGCUCUCGACGGCGGCGUUUCCUACACGCCCGGCCUGCCGCGGUGUAGGUCGCUCCGUCGGACAGCCCGGGCCGGUUGCCCCACGGCCGAUGGCUCCUCGCGGCCCCAGCGACCGGCAGCGCCCCUCCCGUGGCUGCGGCCUUGCGCCCGGCAACUGGCAGCCGCGCCCGGCGGCCAGGCCCUCACGUGGCUCCCACGCCCAAGGCCAGGCCGGCGGCUGAGGGCCUGA